CCAAAACAUAUCAGCCAAUCGGAACGAAGUAUGCGCUUCCGUCCAAACCUUUAACGGCACACAGGCGACAACAACAGCGAUGCCACCGUUCCAUUCGAACGAGGCUGAACGGUGAAAGCACAAACUUUGGUGCGACAGUCUCCUCAGCCUACGAUGCAACAUCCAUACCACUGCCUUGUUCCCAUCACAGCCCAAGGCGACGGGGCGAAGUCUCUUCUGCUGCUGGCAUGUGGUUCCAAUCUGAUAUUGGCAUCCACAAUGAAUGGCUCAAUCAUUUCAAUGUGGACGUCCGAUCCAGGGGUCCUGUUGGCUACCGAACCGGGCAGUGGCGGAGGGGACGAAGAUGGUCGUCGUAAGAAACGUCAGAGGAUUGGUACCAAAUCAGGUGCAUCGCCUAGGAUUGUCAAACUCGCCGUCUCGCCUCACGGUCAACAUGCUGUCGCAGUAACAGACGACAAAUGCCUACGAGUUUUCGACAUCAAGAACGACGUCCUUACCGAGGUCAGCCAACGCACAAUGCCAAAGCGUCCUUGUGCGGUCAAGAUCCUCCCCGACAACGCGACUAUCCUCUCUGCCGAUAAGUUCGGCGAUGUGUAUUCCCUGCCCCUUCUGCCGUCAGAACCAGAUUCAAGCCAUGCGGCUUCCGGAGAAGACCCGUUCCCGGAGACGCAGAAAGCAGCCUUCAAACCUUCUGCGACAAACCUCACAGUACACACCAAGCGCAACCGUAAAGCGCUUGAAGCGCAAUUGAAACAGAAAAGCUUCACUGCCAAGAAGGAAGCUCUAAAGUAUGCGACUAGAGAAGUUGAUGGCAGAGAACGAAGCUAUAUCAUUACUGCAGACAGAGACGAGCACAUCCGUGUUUCGAGAGGCUUACCACAUACUCACGUCAUCGAAGGCUAUUGUCUCGGUCACAGCGAGUAUGUAAGCAAGCUGUGUCUCGUUCCUGGCACAGACCUCUUAGUGUCAGGUGGCGGCGACGACUGGUUGGGGGUGUGGAAUUGGACGACUUUCGCGCUGCGGCAUAAACUGCAGCUUCCAAGAGGAGCCAUAGCCUCCUAUGCAGCAAGCACCAGCGCAGUAGCCAGUGAACGAACGGUAGAUGACGCUAAGGAUACCCUGGCCAUCAAUGUCUCCGGUCUCUGGACAGUCCCCUACAUGGACUCAAGCGGCAACCAUGAGAUCGCUGUAGCAGUAGGCUGUGAGCGGACUCCGUUGCUGUUUUUGGUGCGUUCGUCCAGCUUGCAAUCAUCUGAAGCAGACUCGCUACUGUUCACGAAGCUCGAGCUACCGGCUCCUCCGCUAGACGUAGUCUGCUCUGAAAACUCUGUGAUAAUCUCCAUCGACAAUCGUCAGAGCGAAAGUGAACGCUUGAAGGCUUAUAAGAUCAGCGAGGACGACGUUGGCUUGGGAUAUCAGUUGCGCAUUGAACCGGACGCAGCAUGGAACACGAGACUAAAGUGCUUGAAUGACGCGGAGCAGGAGCAGCAUUGUGACGACGAAUCGGUGGACGAACUCUUGUACUCUGUGGCAACGUUGCGGAAGAGGAGAGCAUGGUCAUCCAAGCAGGGUGAGUAUGGGGACGAAGAUCCCACAAACGACCUUACGGAGGCUGGAGAUGACAUUGCGGAGUAAGGUAAAGCACUCAUGCAA